AUGCUGGUUCAUCCUAUGCCAUGGUUAAAUUAUAAUAGUGGCGGUUAUUUAAUGUCACCAACUAUUGCAAUGCGAAUUAAAGAAUGUCCAGAACAAUUAGCCUAUUUAAAAAAGGCUUCAGAUGAAGAUUAUCUUGGUCGUGUAUUUGCAGGAUUAGAUGUACUUGGUUCAACCAAAUGGGCUAUUAAUAAAAAAGUAUAUGAAGUAGUUUUAGAAGUUUGGAAUAGUGGAAAAGCUAUUGCUGAUAUUCCUCCGUCCAAUUUAGAUUUAACAACUCCAGAAAAGCCAGAAGAUUUUCUUAUAAAUAUAGCCACAAGAAAAAAAUGGUAUCGUGAAUGUGAAGAAAUCCAAAACAAGAUUCAUUUUCGAGGUCGUGCAUAUCCAAUACCAACACAUUUAAAUCAUUUAGGUGAUGAUUUAUGUCGUGGUUUAUUGCUAUUUGAUGAAGCUAAACCGAUAGGUAAAUCUGGUCUUAAAUGGUUAAAGAUUCAGAUAGCCAAUUUAGCUGGACAUGAUAAAGCUUCAUUUGAUGAACGAUUAAAGUUCACGGAAGAUAAACUAGAACUCAUAAUGGAUUCAGCAGACAAACCCCUUACGGGGAAAUGUUGGUGGCAAACAACAGAAGAUCCUUGGCAGUGUCUAUCAGCAUGUAUGGAAUUAACGAAUGCACUUCGAUCUAAAGAUCCAGAAACUUAUGUUUCAAGAAUUCCCAUUCAUCAGGAUGGGACAUGUAAUGGAUUACAACAUUAUGCGGCUUUGGGUGGUGAUUUAGAAGGUGCUAAACAAGUAAACUUGGAUCCGUCUGAUAAACCAUGUGAUAUUUACACAGGAAUUGCAGAAAAGGUUCAAAAGUUGAUAAAGAAAGAUAUAGAAAAUGGUAACAAAAAUGCUACAAUUUUAGAUGGCAAGAUAACACGUAAAGUUGUGAAACAAACUGUAAUGACAAGUGUUUACGGUGUGACGUUUGUUGGAGCUCGAUUACAAAUAGAAAAUCAGCUCAAGGAAAUCAAAGAACUUUCCCGCCUUCCUACCACAGAAAUACGUGAAUUAUCAAAGUAUGUCACUCAUCACGUAUUUAGUUGUUUAGGAGAAAUGUUUCAUAAAGCUAGAUUAAUUCAAAAUUGGCUGAAUGAAAGUGCCAAAAGAAUAUCUAAAAGUGUUCCACCAAAUGUGGGAAGUAUUGUCAAAUUAUCACCCAGUAAGCCCGGAAAAGAUCAAAUGACAGCAGUUGUAUGGACUACACCAUUAGAUUUGCCCAUUGUACAACCAUAUAGAAAAUUAGGAAGUAAAACAAUUAAAACAAAUCUUCAAAAUAUUAGUAUUGAAGAUCCUGAUGUUGCUAGUCCAGUAAACAGUCUUAAACAACGUGCGGCAUUUCCACCAAAUUUCAUCCAUUCACUUGAUGCAACACAUAUGUUAAUGACAUCGUUAGAAUGUAAAGAACAACAACUGACAUUUGCAUCAGUACAUGACAGUUAUUGGACUCAUGCUUGUGAUGUCGAAAGGAUGAAUUUAAUAAUUCGUGAUCAAUUUAUCAAGCUUCACGAACAACCUAUUAUGGAAAACCUUCGCAAAGAAUUUAUGGAAAGAUAUAAAGGCUAUAAGGUGCCUGUUAAAUUGCCUACAGAUAAAUAUUAUGAACUACUUCGUAAAAAAGUAGGAGAAAUCCCUUCACCAGCUGAUGAUGGAUACGAAACUAUUUUAAAUUUAGAAGAUAUCUUGGACAUUACUGAUAAUUUUCAAUUCGGAGAACCUACCGGACUGCUCAAAGAAUUUGACAAUAAAGAAUUGGCUGAAUUAUCAUCAGAAAAUAUUAAGGAUGCAUUUGCAGAAAUAUCUUAUGACUUGGAAAACGAUAUCGACGAUCCAUCAAAGCAUUUGGAAAGUGAAGAAACAUCAGAGAUUAUAAAUGACAAAAAACCAAAAUCAAAAUAUGUUUAUAAAUGGUUUGAUAUAGCAUUUCCAUCCUUACCUGAAAAAGGAAAUUUCGAUGUUAUUAAAGUGAAAGAAAAUGCAGAGGAUCUUAACACUUUUAACACAAGACUUGAUGAAAUCGAACAAGUUCUUGGACGCUAUCACAAUAAUUUUGGUAGAAUCGCCACCGAAUUUGAAUCAAUUAACGGAUCUAUCACAACAAUGCAAAAUGAAAUUGAUCAACGUUCUGCAAUUAUUCAAAGAAUUGAAUCUGAUUGA